GCCCCGCACGUUGCUGCCAGGGCAGCUGGGCUCAGCAUCACGGAAUCAAUCAGGCUGGAAAAGAGUCCGGGAUCAUCGAGCCCAGCCUGGGCGGGCGGUGCUGCAGCGCUCCGAACCUUCUCAGGCACUUUAAAAAGCUGCUUGGGCAGAGACACCAGCUGUAAGUGUUGGUUAUGGCUGCAGUGUAUCAAGCACUGCACAGGAGAGCUUCCUCCCUUGCCUGCAGGUUGCACUCCACCUAUGUGAGAAAAAUGAGAUACUUAAAUCAGUUAAAGGAAGAUGACAGCCUUUGUAGACAAGCUCAGACCUCAGGAACUUUCUACCUCUUUCACAAUCUCUCCCCCUUCCUGCAGAAAGUUGGGAAGAAAUAUUUGGUACCACAGCUCAGUGCAGCAGAGAUGAGACAGGUUCUGGAGAAGCUGCAGGAGGCCGAGCAGUGGCUGGAGAAGUCGGUGCUGAUCGGAUGUUCGGACGAGCACAGGCCGCGCUUCGCGCUGGAUUUAGGAGCCUUGGAUAAAUCAGUCAUUGAGGCAGAACUGCAGGGAUCAUUUACUGACCUACGAAAGGCUCUCUUUGUCGUGGACAGGAAGGAUUCUCCUUUGCUGGCUUCGGCCCAGUCUCUCCUGCGGUGGCACGAUUCCCACCAGUACUGCAGCAAAACUGGGCAGCCCACUGAGAAGAACCCAGCUGGCAGCAAACGUGUCUGCCACGCCAGUGGAGUCACUUACUACCCUCAGGUGUCUCCAGUGGUCAUCACCCUGGUGUCUGACGGGAGCCGCUGCCUCCUGGCCCGACAGCCCUCGUUUCCCCCGGGCAUGUUCACAGCUCUGUCAGGCUUCUGUGACAUGGGUGAGAACGUGGAGGAGGCAGUGCGGCGAGAAGUGGCCGAAGAGGUGGGGCUGGAGGUGGAGUCGCUCCGCUACUCGGCUUCGCAGCACUGGCCCUUCCCCAGCAGCUCCUUGAUGAUUGCCUGCCACGCCCUGGUGGGAGCGCAGCGGGCUGAGAUCAGUCUGGACACCCUGGAGCUGGAGGAAGCCCGUUGGUUUGGCCUGGAGGAAAUUGUGGAGGGUCUCAAGAGGGAGCCCAGCUCUUCCAAGCAAGAUGAUGGUAGUUUUUUACCCUGGUUCCCUCCCAAACAGGCCAUUGCUCACCAGCUGAUCCGUGAGUGGCUUCAGCAGCAGACUGCCCAGAGAGCUUAGACAUGGCUUCAUCCACUCUGGGAUUCCACCAGAGCUGUCAAAGCUCCACAGAAAAGCUUCCAAAGCUCCUGGAGGCAAGGGCUCUGUCACAGUGAGGACAGCACAACACUGAUGGCACUCAGACACACUGACCUACAAAGGUCUCUGAGCUGAUCUGACAGGCCCAUGUACAGUGGAUCACCUCUGAGAUCCCGUGGUUUGUAGUAAAUAUACAAUAAAAUUCUUAGUUCCAAAGCA